GCUAACAACAGUUUAAUAAAACAAGUGCAUGGUUUGCUUUUUCAAGCAGAUCAGUUUAAAAGUAUCUUAUUUUCAAUUAAACUGCUUCCAUAAAAUUCAGUUUAAACAGAAUAAUUUAGCUAGUUACAGUAAUUAAACAAUUCAUUACGGAAAAUUUUCCAGAACUGUUUGAUUGAACAGGUUUCCCUCAAAAAUUAACAUUUGAUGGGACCCUACUAGACUAGAAUAGAGAAGAUGUAUAUUGAACCAGAAAACUUUGUUUAUUUUUACAAGAGUAAACGCUGUGAAAAGACACAAUACAGUUUUAUAACCCCCUGUAUAAAGAUUGCACCAGCACUAUAGCACGCAUCAUAUUAACCCAUAAACCACAUGCACUAACCCGCACAUUCGUUUGAUUCCGGCAACUACAGACGAUCUUCUCCCAGUUCGGCGUGGACACGGAGGACUUUCCGCCGGAGCCGCCUGCGCCAUCCGCCAUUCCCGUGGGACACGUGGAUAUGUCCGAGCAUUCACCCACCAGGACUUUGCUUGCAGCUCCCAUUCAUCGGACGGAUAUCUCAGAUUCCACCAAGUAUACGUUGGAAAUAAAAAAAGAAGCUGACAUCAAAUUCGAAACCUUGCGGUCUUAUGACCAGGACAGCCUGCUGGACAUGGAAUCCCAUAUGUCCGGCCCUGAUCAUUCGAUGGACAGCCACGACGACAUCGAGAGGGGUUUGCACCAGGGCAUGUUGGUGCAACAGGACUUCGGGGAUAUGAUGGCAGGAGUUUCAGCAAACGGCGAAGAAGUACCUGGUUUGAAAAACAACGGACAUUCAGAAAAUAUGCAGCAUGUUGCUAGGUCACAUGGAGGUGGGCCAAAAACGUGGACGCAAGAGGAUAUGGAAAUGGCCUUGGACGCACUAAGAAACCACAAUAUGAGCCUUACUAAGGCAUCAGCUACAUACGGUAUCCCAUCUACGACGCUAUGGCAAAGAGCCCAUAGGUUAGGAAUAGAUACACCUAAAAAGGAAGGACCUACGAAAUCAUGGACGGAAGAAAACCUGAACAGUGCUUUAGAAGCUUUAAGGACAGGCACAAUAUCGGCAAACAAAGCUAGCAAAGCAUAUGGAAUUCCCAGUAGCACCCUGUACAAAAUAGCACGAAGAGAGGGUAUCCGCCUAGCGGCUCCCUUCAAUGCUGCCCCUACCACGUGGACUCCCGAAGACCUAGAAAAGGCUCUCGAGUCCAUCAGAACCGGCCAGACGUCAGUACAAAAAGCAUCGACUGAAUUCGGCAUUCCUACAGGCACACUCUAUGGAAGGUGUAAGAGGGAAGGGAUUGAAUUGUCCAGGUCCAAUCCAACGCCUUGGUCGGAAGUUGCUAUGGGAGAAGCUCUGGAAGCUGUCAGACUAGGCCACAUGUCGAUCAACCAAGCGGCAAUCCACUACAAUCUGCCAUAUUCCUCGCUGUACGGACGCUUCAAGCGAGGCAUCAAGUACGAAGACAGCAUGGAAAUUAGCCAGGACAGCCAAUCACAAAUGCCGGAUCAGUUUGGUAUUGAUUAUGUCACUACUACCUCCUCUCAUCAGCAGAUUCAGUACGGGAAUCAAGGAAGCUGAGAUCCCGGUACCUUCAACUUUGACUGUUUCUAAGCGGUUACGGACUUCAUGAGUUUGUGUCAAAGUCUGAAGGUGUGCUACGAUUUAAGGUGAUAGUAAUGACGCUGUGUUUUUCAUUUACACGGUUAUUCGACUUCGUUGGUUAUUGUUUCGUGGCUAGAAAUAACGGAGGACAGACCAUUGACAGUGAAAAAAUGUAAUGUAGUUAGCAGUUAAACUUGGAUUUCUGAAAGCAUAGUCUAGAAAAAAUAUUUCAUUUAUAUCUUUUUAUCGUCAUUGGCAUUAACGCGACUUCAAAUUCAUGAAAAUAAUUAGGCAGAAUAGCUUUCUACAAGUUUUUCUCAAAAAAUGAUCUUUACAUUUGCUGCUGUUUUCUAGCCAUGGUUUUCAUAAAUCGUAAGUUUAUUUGAUAGUUCAGAUGAUAAAGAAUAGUGUACAAAGUUGCAAGAUGCAUACAAUUAUACUGGAAAAAUACUACAAUGGACGUUUUAAUCUAUGAUUACCGUUUACUAGGCUGUUGUGCUAAAAUUUGUAAGGUAUUUUGAGUAGGACUGGAGGUGGGUAAGAUUUUUUACACUUGUAUUUCUAUCAACUCUUUACAGGUACGUUAGAUGUGUUUACCGUUAUUUUAAAACAUUGAUAUAUGGUGCAACAACAAGCUAUUGAAUGAUGUUCAAUAACAUAUUUUUCAGAAAUACAUUUAAUAAAUGAAUCAAAAUAUAAAAUCUUGAUUAUUUGUUCGAACAGCCCACCUCCAAGCGCGUGAGUUUUUAUAUUUAUAAGAUUAUCAUUGUGUCUUGAUCUUCUCAGAGGCUAACAUUCAGGGUUAAGCAAGUACUUAAAACAUAAAUCUUACCACAUUUUAAGGAUCAAUAAUAUUUUAAAUCACCCUAAGAAUUAUAGAUAUAAACGGGACAAUUCCUCAAAUUCGAUAAUAUCCUAUUAGAGAGCAGACUUGGGUCGAAUACUGAAAUCCGGUAUUCGAAUGUAGGUGCUGAAUACUGUAUUUUAAAUAGUAUUCGAAUACUCAAUAUUCGAACAUAGAGAAAAAAGUAUUCUACUUUAUCUGGUAUCACACAAAUUGUAACGCGUAUUAAAAUUUAUUAUAAAAUAGAAAAGUAAUACUGCACAAACACAAGUGUAUGCGCAGUCUAAUCUCGUUCCUUAGUCGACCUGUCGGCAUCGCGAAUUUAGAAGCAACACCGUCCUCGCAAACAAACUAACUUUGCGAAGCUAUUUUGUUUGUGCAAAUCCACAACCACCGCGGGCUUGUUUUAGCACAAGCUAAGCUAAGUUGCGGAAACCGUCAUGCAAUACUUACUCAUAAGAAUAGCUUACCAGUGUUCGAAAACAGGAUUCGAAUACUGGGAUUUGAAUACAAUGUGGUAUUCUAAUAUUGGUAUUCAGAAGCAGUAUUCAGAAUCAAGGAUACCGAGUACUGACCAAAAAAGUAUUCAGUCGAAUACCAAAUACCAAACAAAUGUAUUACCAGCCAAAUGUAAUCUAAAUAGGAUUCAAAAUACCGAGUAUUAGUAUAAUACUACCCAAGUAUGACAGGACUGUGCUAAGAGAAGGAGCAACACUAGUUCAUUUACACCUUGCGCCGUGAGCUAUACGUCAGUUUAGAACAGCACUUAAGAUAAACGUGAUCCUUGGUGUUGCGUUAAAUUUUUAGCUUAGCGCGCAGUUUGAAUGCGCUAGUGAUGCGCCAUCUCUUGGAACGGCGUGGUAUUAACGCACACAACAGCAUGGGCCUUGAACUUAUUUUUUCGGACUCCCAUUGUCUGUAUUUUAACUAAGUACACAACGUUUUGAUUAGGAAGUAUCUCUAAUCGUUAUCAAGUGUGAAAUGAGAACUUAUCCUAAAGGUUACCUAUUUAUAUACAGUUGUGUGCGACCAAGCGUGAUGCUCCGCCUCUUAAUUCUUUGAACACUGAGGUUUUAGAAGUGGUUCUGUCUUGAGUAGAGAUUUCCAAAUGUUUGGGAUUUCCACACUAGCAUUACUAAAAAUUCCGGUAUUAUUCUCAAUAAAUGCUGUUUCGUCAAAUUUUCGUUUCCGCCAGUGCUUUUCCCUUAACAGAUCCUUGGCUUCUGACCUCUUCAUUUGGUGUUGAUUAGUCCAUACAUGUUCAGCGAUACCCGAUCUGGUGAUCCCACCCAGUCGUGUAUGCUUUUGAUCUUCGUCAACCCAAACAGGUAGCGUUCUUUCGGUUUCUCCUAUAUACGAUUUGCCACGCUCACAUGGGACUUGAUAUACGCAUCCCUUUUUCAGGUCAGAUACUUCCGGUUUCGUCUUAGUCAGGUAUCUCCUCAGGGUGUUGCUGGACUAGAAGGCCGCUUUAAUAUUAUAGGAACUUGCUAUUUUUCUAAUUUUCUCUGAGAAUCCUUUAACAUAAGGUAUGGUUAAGAAACUUUCAGGUUGAUCAGUUUGAGAAUCCCUAUGCCUGUUACGUUUCUCUUUCAGAUUAUAAAAAGUUUUGUCAAUCAAUUUUUCUGGGUAACCAUUCUGGCGAAAAUCAUUUAUAAUACUGUUUAGUUCUGAUUUUAAGCCUUCCAGCUUAUUACUUUACUACCAUGCACUAGACAUCUGUAAUAACCCAGACGACUUGAAAUCAGAACUAAAAAGUAUUAGAAAUGAUUUGCGCCAUAAUGGAUACCCAGAAAAAUUGAUUGAUAAAACUUUUAAUAAUCUAAAAGAGUAACGAAACAGUCAUAGGGGUUACCAAACUGAUCAAACUGCCAGUUUCUUAACCAUACCUUGUGUUAAAGGAUUCUCAGAGAAAAUUAGAAAAAUAGCAAGUUUCUAUAAUAUUAAAACGCCUGUGAGUCCAGCAACACCCUGAGGAGCUACCGCACUAAGACGAAACCGGAAGGAUCUGACCUGAAAAAGGGACGCGUAUAUCAAGUCCCGUGUGAGUGUGCCAAAUCGUAUAUAGGGGAAAACAAAGUCCAAUCUGUUAGGAACAUCAAAAGCAUACCCGGCUGGUUGAGACAACCAGAUCCAGUAUUGCUGAAUAUGUAUGGACUCAACACCAAUUGAAGUGGUCAGAAGGGAAGGUCUGUUUAGGGCACAGCACUGGCGGAAACGAAAAUUUGUCGAAAC